UUUCAGCUGCCGGCCGCGGCACCCGAGCUGCCGCCACCGCCUCGCAAUCCGUUGCAUCGGCAGCCCCCGAAGCUUCCAUCCUCCCUCGGGGCUUGAUAUCCGUGCGGCCAGGACCCUCCUCUCUCCAGGGCCCCGAUUAUUUUUGGCCCCCGGGGCCCGUUCGUUGCGGAAAAAUAAAAAGAAAAGAGAGAGAGGGGGUUCGGAAGCGCCCGGGCAGGGAGGAGAGAAGGAGAGACUUGGAAACUCCAGCUGCAAAUAAUAAAGAAAUUGAAAGCAAUACGUUAGUAUACCGUAACAAUAAAAAAGAGCAGGAGCGAGAGAUGAGAAAGGGGAUCCAGCCCGCCCUGGAGCAGUACCUGGUGACCGCCGGGGGUGGGGAGGGGGCGGCUGUUGUCGCCGCCGCCGCUGCAGCCUCCAUGGACAAAAGGGCACUGCUAGCCAGCCCGGGCUUCCCCACCACCGCCGCCGCUGCCGCCGCCCCAGGCGCGUACAUCCAGAUCCUCACCACGAACACUUCCACCACCUCUUGUUCCCUCCAAAGCGGCGGCCCCGCCGCCGGCCCCCUUCCCAGUGCCCCCGGCGCGGAGCAGACCGCCGGCAGCCUCCUCUACACCACGCCGCACGGACCCUCCAGCAGAGCCGGGCUGCUGCAGCAGCCACCAGCGUUGGGACGCGGCGGCAGCGGCGGCGGCCCUCCGGCAAAGCGCAGGCUGGAGCUAGGAGAAAGUGGUCAUCAGUACCUCUCAGAUGGUUUAAAAACCCCCAAGGGCAAAGGAAGAGCUGCACUCCGAAGUCCAGAUAGUCCAAAAACUCCAAAAUCUCCCUCAGAAAAAACACGAUAUGAUACGUCACUUGGUCUGCUCACCAAGAAGUUCAUUCAGCUACUGAGCCAAUCACCCGAUGGGGUCUUGGAUUUGAACAAGGCGGCAGAGGUGCUUAAAGUGCAAAAGAGAAGGAUUUAUGACAUCACCAAUGUCCUGGAAGGCAUCCACCUCAUUAAGAAGAAAUCUAAAAACAACGUUCAGUGGAUGGGCUGCAGUCUGUCUGAGGAUGGGGGCAUGCUGGCCCAAUGCCAAGGCCUGUCUAAAGAAGUGACUGAGCUCAGUCAGGAAGAGAAGAAACUAGAUGAACUGAUCCAAAGCUGCACCCUGGACCUCAAACUGUUAACCGAGGAUUCAGAGAAUCAAAGGUUAGCCUAUGUUACAUAUCAAGAUAUUCGAAAAAUUAGUGGCCUUAAAGACCAAACUGUUAUAGUUGUGAAAGCCCCUCCAGAAACAAGACUUGAAGUGCCUGACCCACUAGAGAGCCUACAAAUUCAUUUGUCAAGUACCCAAGGACCCAUUGAGGUUUACCUGUGUCCAGAAGAGACUGAAACACACAGUCCAAUGAAAACAAACAACCAAGACCACAAUGGGAAUAUCCCUAAACCCACUUCCAAAGACUUGACUUCAACCAACUCAGGACAUAGCGAUUGCUCCAUUUCUAUGGCAAACCUUUCUCCUUUGGCCUCUCCCACCAAUCUUUUACAGCAGACUGAGGACCAAAUUCCUUCCAACCUAGAAGGACCGUUUGUAAACUUACUGCCUCCCCUGCUCCAAGAAGACUAUCUACUAAGCCUUGGGGAGGAAGAAGGCAUCAGUGAUCUCUUUGAUGCUUACGAUUUGGAAAAGCUCCCAUUAGUGGAAGACUUUAUGUGUAGUUGAUAUGCUUUGCGUUAAUCCUCCUUAUAAACCAAUAUUUUUUUAUUAUGGAACCAGAACUUCUGUCAUGCAGUGUUGUCCCUUCCUACCUUCUUCCUCCAAGAUAUUAUCAUGAAGUAAACUACAAACUUCAAAACAAAGCUGACAUUUUAAUAAAUUUAAAAAAAAAAAUUGUCAAAACGCACAGUUGCAGGCUCCCUUGGGAAAGCCCUGCUUUGCCCCAGGCUCCAAUCUCAUGGAUGAGUCAGCAAGUGAGAAAAUGUGCAAUCAGGUGUCUCCCUCCCGGAUUGGCUUGCUGUGCCUGACGGAUGGGCUGUAUGUAGAAUGGUGUCUGGCCACCUGGCCCACUCGAAAACAGCAAUCUUCCUUAAUAGCAUUUCAAGCCGUGCCUUCUCCACAGAAUGCAUGUCUUUGGGGUCUGCUAAUAUGGAAUGGAACUGCAGGAAAUGUUAACUUGAAGUCAUGCAAAAGUAUGAAAUGGAUUUCUUCAGCUCUUCUUAGGAAUAUUUAAAUUACUGUCAUGAUUCAGUUUAAGCUAUGUACUGUUUGUCACACGAGAAGGUCCAGAGCACCUCCACAGCCUUCCAUAUGAAGAACCUGUUUUCAUAUAUUUGUCACAAAUACAGAAGAAUUAUAGAGUUCUGCCACUCCAAGUUGUCGAUUUUUCUGUCUCCAUAAACCACUCCCACCCCUCUAGCCCCAGCGUCUUUGUAAAUUUAAAGUUUAUUUGUAGCCAAUGCCUACUUAGGAGUUCUUUGUGGAUUGUUUUAAACUUUUUUAUUUGUGUUAGCUGCCAUUUAAGCAUUCCUGUGGCACCCAUCACCAUUUCAAUUUAAUUGUUUACUUGGAAGCGGUUCUUGGCUAAUUCAAAUUGGUUAAGCUGAGGGAGAGAACUUCUACUGAUCAGCCUAUCUGAACCUGUGUGAUCUAAGUUUUAACAGCCUCUGCAAGAAGAGUGUCCCGUAAAGCUUCCCUUCGCUGGAGGGGGAGCUUGGAGUGAGUCAGGCCUGGCUCACCACCAUGGUGGCCCCUUUGAAAGGAGAACCAGGUUAGCAGUCCCAAGGAGCAGCAGGGAUAGGUCCCUCCAUCCUUGGACUUGCUGGGCUCCUGUGACUGGGCUCUCUUAUAUUGAACUCAGGGAGAUCAAAUGGGGAGGCCUGUAGGAAGAAAGACCUGCCCAUUCCGUGAGGAUAUAGUGUGUCAUUUACUUAAAGCUGGUAAGAAGAGGGAGCUACCACUGUGUCCGGUGCUGUUACAGUCCUUCUGGCCACAACCUGUUCCCCUUCAUCUGUGAAGGAGUAAGUUGGACCAAGGGAAGUCAGACCCUAGAAAAUGAAGUGAUAAGUUGCCAACGCGUCUCCUGGUUUAUGCUUUGGGAAUGGUAUCCCAAGUUGCAAAUCCUCGCUGGUGUGUCCAAGAAUAGCUUCCCCAUUGGCAGGUGGAGACGGCCACCUCCCACCAGGAAUGUGACAUAGCACCUCCAGAUCCAUUUCCCUGGAUACUAAAGACUCCAGGAAUGAGGGAGGGAUUGUCAUUCAAAAAACAAACUGGAACAGUUAAAUUGAAAUGCUAUGUGCCUGACACAGCAGUAGGCACAUAGUAGGCACUCGAUUAAUAUGUUUCAUGGAAUGGAAAUAUCCCUUAGGAAAAAGUCAGAAAAAGAGAGAAAGAAUGCCCUAGCCAGUUUACUCUUAGAUGGAUUUUCACAAUAUGCAAAGUGGUGGUGGGGUCAACACAAGUGACACCAGCACUUUAAACUAUUUGUGUAGGUAUGCAUGGGUGUAUGUUUGGGAAGAAAAACAAAGGUGCAGAUUAUCCUCCUUUUUUCUUCAGCCUCCAUCCUCACCCUUCUCCCCUCACACACACUGGACUUGGUCCGAGAUGAAGCAUUGGGGUGGGGAGGGAGGGGAAGCUUUGUGUUAAGUGCCUACUGGAAAUGCACUGUGGGGUUUUUUCCUUUAUGGGAAACCAUUUAUGCCAAGUUUUUCCCCAUUUCCCAUAUUUAUCUCAUCUGGUUAGCUGCCUCUGCUUCCAGCUUUGUGUAAUUCUCUUUGCCAGCUGCACAAAGCUGACUUUUUCCAAAGUCGUCUAUAAAGAGUGAGCUCACCUGGCCUAGGUAGUUGUGUGUUUUGUUUAAUUUCUCGUUAAACCUUUUGGUAAUGUAAUGCUGUAUUUAUUGUUUUUGCAAAAUGAAAGGAAUACUAAUAAGUCAUAAACGUACCUUCUUGUGUCAGAUUCUUCCAGUGAAUGGGCUUAACUGAUGUACAUCAAUUAGAUGGCCCAUAUGUUACUCUGUUUGCAUUCGUCAUUUUAUUUUUGACAUAGUAUCUGGCACACAAAGUGGGUUAGUACUACAGUAUUUGUGUUACUCUAAGUACUAAGUAUGCAGAUUUCCUGGUACCAUUGAGUUGCUGCUAUUAAGCUCACACAUGAAAUGGCUAAAAGUUACAAGUGUGCAAAUUAUGACUGCGUGAGCCUUAGAAACUAAAGUGUAUAAAGGGCAACACAUGAGCUGUCAAACAGUGUUAGGUGUGUGUUUAUAUGUACAGAUUUGUGCAUAGCAAUGGUUUUAUUUAAGUUGUUAUGUAGUUGUCUCAUCAUUAACUAGCAAUUUUGUACAAAAAAGAAAAAAAUUAAUUUGUAAACACUGCCAGAAUAUUUUCUAGCUGAUUUGUAAUUUUUUAAGAGUGUAUUUUUGUUUUUGUCUUUUGUUGUGGUUCUUGUUUUCACUUUUUGUUGUAAGUGUAGAUCUGUAAAUAAAAUUGCAGUAUUUAAAGCUUUAGCUUUCAGGAAAAAGAAAGUAAGUGUGUGCAUGACAACUUGUGUGUAGGAGAGGAGGAAGAUGCCUUGGAGAGGAAGUCAGGUGGCAAGUGUCAGGUUGUGGGGAUUUCUUUUCCUAUGGGGUACGUGAUUUUGUAAAAAGGAAGUAUUUCUCCCAAAAUUGGGAGUAGGUAAACUACUAAUCGGUUUAACUUUGUGUUGUAUGCUAGUUUAAAAAAGAAAAUAUGUAAUAUAAUGUAAAAAAAAAAAAAAAAUAGGCGCUUUAUGAUGGAUUUUGUAAAUAGAUUUGUUACAGGAUGACCUGUUCUCUAGCUGUGAUCUUACCACUUCAAAUGGGUGUAAUUUGAAUAAAUUUUGUAUGGUAAAGGAUCAAUAAAAUGAUUUUUUUUUUAAGAGUU